GGGAAUCCAGUAAUUAGGAUUUCACCUCCACCAGAGAUACUUUCCCUAAGAGGAUCCAUCUAGUAUUCUUGGCUUCCAGUAGCCAUCCAUUAGUUCCGAAAAAGUAUCCAGAUGUAUACAGCACUGCAACUCUGAUGGUCUACCUCUUCCAGAACACAGAUCCAUAAAGGUCAGCUCUGCACCCUAAGCAGCUCAGAGGGAGGAGCCAGACCAGCAGUGCCUCACACCCUGCCCUCUUCUGCCCUGGACAGAUGGCUCCAUAAUUACAGCUCCGUAAUGGCAGUGAAUGAGGCCCUGGUGCACAUCAGGGUCACUCUUCUGCUACUCUGGGUAGGAAUGCCUCUGUUCAUUUCUGGCCACUCUCAGGCAAGGCCCUCCCAGCACUUCUCCCCAGAACUGGUGAUCCCCUUGAAGGUGACUGGCAGGGGGAGAGGUAUAAAAGGUGCAGGCUGGCUCUCCUACAGCCUGCAGUUUGGGGGCAAGAGACACAUUGUUCACAUGAGGGUCAAGAAGCUCUUGGUUUCCAGACACUUCCCGGUGUUCACCUACACGGACCAGCAUGCCCUCCGCCAGGAUCAGCCUUUUGUUCCUGAUGACUGCUACUAUCAUGGUUAUGUGGAAGGGAUCCCUGAGUCCCUGGUUGCCCUCAGCACCUGUUCCGGAGGUUUUCGAGGAAUGCUACAGAUUAAUGACCUUGCUUAUGAAAUUGAGCCAAUGAGGUUUUCUGCCACAUUUGAACACCUGGUGUAUAAGAUAGACAGUGAUGAUACACAGUUCCCACCUAUGAGAUGUGGGUUAACAGAAGAGGAAAUAGCACGCCAUUUGCAGUUGAGGGCAUCAUAUAAUUCUACUCUGAUGCAAAGUUCUUACAUGGGCUGGUGGACCCAUUUGCGGUUUCUUGAGCUGGUAGUAGUUGUGGACCAUCUUCGAUUCCUUUACUAUGAAAGUAAUGUGACAGUAGUACAGCGUGAAGUAUUUGAUGUUGUCAAUAUAAUAGAUGUCUUAUAUUACCCCUUGGAGGUUGAUAUAAUUUUGACCGGGAUUGAAAUCUGGAGUGAAAGAAACCUAGUUGCCACCGAUAACAUGGAGCAGCUUGUGGAGGAUUUUGCUAUUUGGAAGUUUUUCAAUCUUGAUGCCCGACUGCACCAUGAUACUGCCCAUCUUUUCAUAAAAAAAUAUUUUGGCAUAAAGCUUGGAAUUGCCUUCGUUGGAGGAAUAUGCCAGCGUCCUUUUAACAGUGGAGUUGAUGUUUUUGAAGGGGACAGUCUGUAUUUUUUUGCACUUACCGUGUCCCAUGAACUUGGUCAUAAUUUGGGUAUGUCUCAUGAUACUGAACAAUGUGUGUGUGGGCUUCAGUGGUGCAUAAUGUAUCCCUCCCAGGUGGCAACAACUCGGUUCAGCAAUUGCAGUUAUGCCCAGUAUUGGAACACUAGUCUCACUAGUGGAGUAUGUAUUCACUCACCUCCACAUCCAGGUAAUAUCUUUAGGGUACAGUACUGUGGGAACCUAGCGGUUGAAGAAGGAGAGGAGUGUGAUUGUGGGACCGUACACCAGUGUGUAAAUGAUCCCUGUUGUCUGUUGAACUGCACUCUGAAGCCUGGAGCUACCUGUACUUUUGGAAUUUGUUGCAAAGACUGCAAGUUCAUGCCAUCAGGGACUUUGUGCAGACAUCAGAUCAAUGAAUGUGACCUUCCAGAGUGGUGCAAUGGGACAUUUCAUCAAUGCCCAGAAGAUGUAUAUUUGCAGGAUGGGAUUCCCUGUGGUGACGAUGCCUACUGCUAUGAAGGGAGAUGUAAUAACCAUGACAAACAGUGCAGGGAGAUUUUUGGCAAAGAUGCAAGGAGUGCAUCUCAGAAUUGCUACAAAGAAAUCAACACCCAAGGAAAUCGAUUUGGUCAUUGUGGUAUCACAGACCUAAUAUAUGUAAAAUGUGAGGCCCCUGAUAUUCUGUGUGGAAGAGUGCAGUGUGAAAAUGUGCGAGUGAUUCCUAAUCUGAUCCAGCAUUCUACAGUGCAUCAGCUUCACUUCAAUGACACCACUUGCUGGGGCACUGAUUAUCAUUUAGGGAUGUCCAUACCUGAUAUUGGUCAAGUGAAAGAUGGCACAGUGUGUGGUCCACAAAAGAUAUGCAUCCACAAGAAGUGUGUUAAUAAGACCUAUCCACCACGAGACUGUCAGACCGAUGAGACCUGCCACAUGCACGGAGUCUGCAAUAAUAAAGAGCAUUGCCACUGCAGCCGUGGAUGGGAGCCUCCCUACUGCGAGCACCCCGGCUAUGGAGGCAGUAUUGACAGUGGGCCACCUCCCGGGAAGCCCGUGAUAUUGGUAGAACCAAAGGCGAUGUUGGGUCACCUGUCAUUAUUGUGGCUUAUUCCUUUUACUGCUUUCGUUUUAUUUUGCCUUCUUGUACUUUGUAAGCGAGAAAAAAAAAGAGAGAGGGAAGAAGAGGAGAGCUAAGUCUCCUGCUUCAUUAAACAAAUCCCUAGUUCUUCUUUUAAUAGUAGAGAAACAUUAGGGCAUGUCUGACUUUAAAGAAAAAUUUAAGGAUCCUUCACUUCAGGAUUAUAAGCAUUAAUACCACACCAAAGGAUUUCUAGCAUGUACUUUCUUACUCUUCAGUGUUAUAAGCCAUAUUAAAACUUCAUUUUUUUUUUUCCUGGAGGUUGUCUCUUUAUUUUCUGGGCAAAGGCACAGCAGAAAGACAUCUUUAAGCUGAUGUCUAUCAGUUCUAAACCUCCUCCCACCUUUGUACUCCAGGAUGUGCCGCUGCAGACCUCAUUUCUGUUUUGCCUAUUCUUUUCAGGGUAACCAUACCUAAAGGGGGCAGAAGAAGUAACCUAGCAUGAUGGAUGAGGUGAGAAGGGAGUUUACUUUCCUGUGCUCUAGAAGUUACUCUCACUGUCAUUUUGGCUGGGGCCAUGCACUCUAGUAGCGCUGUUUGGUUUUGGACUCCAGUUUUGUUGGCUCUUUAGGCCCCUUCAUUCUUGCUGAGAAGUACCAGCACCGAUUGGUCACUGACACCCUCAGAGUUCUGAUUUAUAGCUCUGAGGUUAGCAGGUCCUCCUCUGAGUUCUGCCUAGCAGCUGGUCACUUGUGCUCCUUAAAGGUCUUGGUCCCUGCUCUGCAGAGGGUCUUUCUCUGGGUCUUUGUUCUCCUUAUCAGGGCUCUCAUGUUAUGGAAAACUUAUAUUAAAUAAACUUGUGCGUUUUUCUCCUGCUAAUUCUCAGGCCAAGCGGGAGACUUCAAGAGGGUUGAAUGCUUUUCCUCCCUACGCCAGACUCCUUGAAUCACCACCACUCUGAUAAACCCACCUUCUUUCCCUGUGUUCCCCUAGCCCUAGGGCUAUCAAUGCUUUCACUAGUCAUUUCAUUGUGAUAGUCUGAGUUCUCUAGAAGCAGACACUGAAUUAGUGUUUAGAGCGCAAGAUUCUGAUAGGGACCAACCACUGUUAAACGGUGAGGGAGUCAGUUGUGUAGAUGAGAAAUGGUACUGCAUUGCACCCUUGGCCAACCUGGCAGCGAGCUCUGGAAUAAAUAUUGCCUGAAAGAUUUGUCUUGAAUUGGGUGAAAAUGGCCUGGUUUUCAUACUUUCCCUUGCUCAUACACUGUAUGUGGAGUGCCCUAGGGAUGGCAAGAGGUUAGCCACACUUCUCUGUAACAGGCUUUCCCAAAGAGCUGACAUCUGGAGGCUCUCUGCUGAUUGAUUUUUUUUUAAAUUUUAAUGUUUUUUUUUAUUAUAUUAUGU